AAUAUCAUUCAUUCGUUCAUGUUUAAUCGAUAAAAAAUUGCUCCUCGAAGAGGUUAUAAAAAUGUGAGAGUUUUGUGUCUCAAAAUAAUUAUUAAGAUAAAGUGAGAUAUAAACCGUAAGAAUGUUGUACGACGAUUUUAAACCGAUUGUUGACUUAGUUUUGAAUAACUGGACAGCGUUACAACUGGCUGUCGAACAUGGGAUGGGUGCACCUGGGGGUGAAAAGACUGCGCAACUGAUGGCAGUGUACAUAGCAAGAUACUGCGUUGAGAAUGUAGUGGACAGAGAUGAACUCGCUGAAGUUAUUGAAGAUCUCAUGGACGAGGAGUUUGAGACUGUCUGUCAUGAUGACUCGCCCAGAGAAAUAGCAAUUCUACUACUACAGUUCUUAACACUUCUCAAAGAAGGUCGACAUGAUGAACUCCGAGCUAGGCUGGAUGCAAUGCCCAAAUGUCAAAAAUGGUUGAGCCAACCGAUACAUGAAUCAGUACCUCCACAAUGCCAUGGCAAUCCUGAUGAUGACUCAACAUGCAGUAGUGAUGAUGACGAUGAUGACGUGCCUGACAACAAUAUGAAUGGGGCAGCUGCCUCUUCAUCCAAACCAAAACAAGAACCAGAGCCAAUGGAUGAAGACGGAGACCCUGGAUGGACAGUGAUGAUGGUCAUAGAUUCAUCAGAAGAAUCUGACGAAGAAGAUCAGGAGAAUACCCAAGGCCCAGAAGAAAGAAUGGCGGGACGAACUCGACAUCUGCGACAAGGAUUGACCUCAGUAAAAGAGGAGAAAGGCUAG